CGACAGUUUGGCUAUCAGUUUCCAUUUUCGUCGGUUCAGCAGGAUGGGUCUCGUGCGCUUAUCAGUCCUAUUCGUGGCGUCCUUGGCCGCUUUCGGCGUUCAAGGUCAGCAGGAGCAAACGUUUCGUUUGUGCGUGCCGCACCAGAUUGCGGACGCGUGCCGUGACCUGAUGGCCAAGGUCCAGGUCCGGUGUGUGGCGGCCCGCGAUCGGAUGGAAUGUCUGGAUAAGGUGAAUGCUAGGGAAGCGGACUUUGUGGCCGUUGAUCCGGAGGACAUGUACGUGGCGUACCACAUGGCGAACCAGGACUUUAGCGUGUUUACCGAGUUCCGGACGAAGGAGGAACCGAAGGCGGAGUUCCGGUAUGAGGGGAUUUUGCUGGUGAGGAAGAGCGAUAACUUCAAGGCUGUGGCCGAUCUACGGGGGAAGAAGUCUUGCCAUACCGGGUAUGGGCGCAACGUUGGGUACAAAAUCCCAAUCACGAAGCUGAAGAAGCAUGGUUUGUUCAAGUUGGCAACCGACUCGGAGAUGUCUCCGCUGGAGAAGGAACUCAAGGGAUUGUCGGAUUUGUUUGGAAGUUCGUGUUUGGUGGGUAAGUACUCUCCAAACGAUGAGGUCAACCGACUGCUGAAGAAGCGCUACUCGAAUCUGUGCGAGCUGUGUGAACGUCCGGACAUUUGCGACUACCCGGACAAGUACUCGGGGUACGACGGAGCGAUCCGUUGUUUGGUUGAGAACAAUGGUGAUGUCGCGUUCACCAAGGUGAUCUACGUGAACAAGUACUUUGGACUGCCCGUUGGGGAUGCUGCGGCUCAACCGGCGAUCAACCCAGCUGCACGUUCCGAAGACUUUGUGUACCUGUGCGAGAAUGGAACAACUCGCCCGAUCACCGGCCCAGCCUGUUCUUGGGCACAACGUCCCUGGCAAGGCUACAUGGGCAACGGAGACAUCAACAGCCGCUUCCAGCAGCUUCAACCCAAGCUGCAGCAGUUCUACGAAGAAGCGAAGAACUCCGCGGACAUCAAGAAAGCCGCCGCCAUGUGGGUCGACCAAAAGAACCUCCUCGUCAACCGAGUCCAGCCGGUCCUCCCCGGCGAACACCUCAACAAGGCCCAGUACAAGGACGUGAUCGAGCGGGACGGUCCGUUCGAGAGCAAAAUCAAACUCUGCGUCACGUCCCAGCUGGAGGCGGACAAGUGCGACGUAAUGCGGCGAGCGGCCUACUCGCGGGAUGUCCGCCCGGAGAUCCAGUGUGUCCUGAAGGGCAGUCGCGAUGCUUGCGUGACGGCGGUAAAGGACGGCGCCGCCGACGUUGUAGUGCUCAAGGGAGAGGAUCAACCCGCGGGAACGGGUUUGAAGGCGAUUCUUUACGAAAAGUACGCCGAGGAAGACGUGAUGGUGGCGAUCGCAGACAAAGGCAUCAACCGGGAUCAGCUGGCGAAGGCACCGAUUGAAUUCGACGCCUCGGACCCGCGUGCCGUCUCGGCGGCCCUCUUCCUCAACGACAAGCGCCAACAGCGCGUUUGCCCCAACAAGCUGGUGUCCACCCCGGGUGCCCCCAUCCAGAUCGUCUCCGCCCAGGACCUGACCCGGCUCGGCCCCAACAAAGUGCUCGUCUGCGAGAAUCUCCAGUUUGAACCGACCUCGAACUACGCCUCGUGUAACGUGGACCACACCCUCCCGACCGGGAUCUACGUGCGGAAAACCGUCACCGGCCAGAUCGAGGACAACAUUGCGCACGCGUUCGUGGCCCUGUCGGACAAGUUUGGCCACGGAGCGAAGGCCGAGGUGGUGUUUGAGCUGUUUGGGGAGUUCAAGCCGGGCGCGAAGAACGUGCUGUUCCACGACCGGGCCGCCAAGUUUGGAGCCGCGGACAACAAGGUCGGUGGGGUUGAUCCGGUGUACUACAAGCAGCUGAUGUGCCAGUAGGUGGGCAUGGUUGGGAGAGAAGAGCAUCCAUCGUCAAGGCAGGAAUUUGUAUUAUGUCAUGAAUAAAUAUUAUAUGUACGAUCAUA